GAAUUGCUUUUCCUUUAUUUCUUUAAUUGGUAAAUAUGAGAGAUGAAGUGAAAAUGGAUGCGAAUCGGCUAAUCGCCGAAGUAUAUAAGCGGCCAGCGCUUUGGAACCAAAGGCAUAUCUCUUAUCACAAUCGCGAAGUGACGAACCGCGUUUGGAUGGAGAUCGCAUCGAUAUUCAAAUUGCCCAAACCGGUAUUAAAAGCAAAGUGGAAAGGUUUACGAGACACUUUUCGGGCGGAGUUAAAAAAGGAUCAAGUAUAUCGUAAAAGUAAAUUUCAUCGAAAUAGGCCAGUAUGGAUACAUUUCAAAAGCUUACAGUUUUUAAAGGAACAAAUGUUACCCCGUCCACCGAUUUGGGAACGAAGUAAUCCUUGUCAAGACGACGAUCGUGUACCAAGCGAAGGUGAAGGCGAUGGACUGAUGUUAAAAGGUUCGUCGGUAACGAAUAGGAAUUCCGACGAUCGUAAUACAAUUGCGAAUCAUCUUCUGUCGAUAAAUAGCGAUAAUGGACUAAAGAUUGACAAUGUCAAUCACAUAGACGUGAAACAAGAACCUGAAGAAAAUUUCGACAACCUCGAGUUUCAAAGUGUUUCCGAUAACUUAACUGAAAAUGAGAUGAUGUUACAAAAUAUCUCUCCUGAACAAGUGUUAAUAGGCGACAGUGACACUAACAUCGGUCUCCCGGUAGAUCCCUUAGAAGGGAACCGUUUCGAUGAUAAUUAUUAUUUCCUUAUGAGUCUUUUACCUCACAUAAGAGCAUUGCCUGCCGACAGAAGGAUGUUGCUCAGAAUGCAAAUGCAAGAGUUAGUUUACAAGGAGGUUUACAAGAAAAAUUCGGAUGACGUUGCUACACCCUAAAAGAAACGAACAUUCAAACGAAUAUUUUAUAACGAAGAUAUAAGAUGAGUGUUUCACGAAACUAGUUAAAGUUUAUUAAUUUUCAUCUACGAAAAUUAACCGAACGAUGAAUAGGUUUAAGAAAAAAAAAAAAAAACAGAAACAUGAAAAAU